AUGGGCUCCUCUCAAUCCCCCUCCAAGCCGCACAAGAAGGACAAGUCGUCGGAAAAGAAGCGCAAGCGGGAACACGGCGAAGACGGCCAUAAAUCCAAGUCAAAGAAACACAAGUCAGACAAAGCAGCCGAUAAAUCGACCCCAGUUCCAGAAGCGCCUGCAACAAGCUCACCCUUUCACGUCCAAACCUCGUCACUCUACCUUCCGCUUGCCUCCGUCUCCCAGGGCGCACCGCUCGAAGGUCUUUGCGCCGAGCACAUCUCGCCCUUAAUUCUCACCUACUUCCCACCGUUCCGCGGCGUUAUCCUCUCCUAUUCCAACCCGCGACUCUCAGAGGAGCCCUUCGGGGAUGAUGGAAACUCAACAUUACUCCAAAGCGUCGACGAAUACGCCGUAAGCUGGGGCUGGGUAACUGCCGAGUUUCUUUUAUUCAAACCUGACCGCGGAGCUUGGCUGGAGGGAUUUGUGAACUUGCAGAACGAGGGCCACCUAGGAGUCGUAUGUUGGAAUCUCUUCAAUGCGAGUAUAAAGAGGAAUAGCUUGCCGCAAGACUGGAAGUGGGUAGGCGUUGAGGAACUGGGUAAGGACGGAGGCGAGGUGUAUGCCGAGGAUGGCCAGGGAUACUUUGUGGAUGGGGAAGGAAAGAAGAUUGAAGGGAUGGUGAAGUUUAGAAUCAGGGAGAUCGAGUCGAGCCAUGACAAGGAGAGAGGCUUCUUGAGUAUUGAGGGGACAAUGCUGGAUGAUAAAGCGGAGAAGCAGCUUCUUGCGAGUGAGAGGCAGAAGAAGACAAGUAGGGAAACUGCUGGGAGAAGAUUAGGAGGAGCGAAUGCUUUAGGGGCGACAAAUCUAGGUGUUCCUGCAGAGCCAGAUAUGAUGGAUAUCGAUGGUGAGACGAGGAAACACAGGGUGAAUUAUUGA